AUGAAUCGUCCUAGUUCUUCCAUGCCUGCAGCAGCUCCUGAAACCGAUGCCAGCAAGGGCUAUGCAUCAUCGGUAAUAAACGAUUCUUCCUCUUCGGCAAUGCUCUCUAUGCCAGAGGUGAUGGACCACCCCAACUUCUCUGUUGCUCAAAAAAAGCAGUUUAACAUGACGGCCGUUACUCUGAUUGCUCCGAAUCAGCAAGAUGCAUCCGUCGACAAGAUCGACGGUCCACUCGAUAUGUUUUUCGGCUGUGUGGGUGCGCUUUUCUACAUCAUGAACCAGGAUGACGUUCAGAUAAGCAUUGCAGCAAUGAAGGCUUCAGGUAAUGGCCACAUACCACUUGGAGACGUGCUCACCAACGGGAGUAAUAUAAAACUGCGCACAUACGCCGCAGAGCUUGCGGGCAUGGCAGCCAUCGGCGUCGUUCAUUCCCAACUCGCUGAUCCCGAAACGGCGCCGUCACCUGAACUUGCCGACUACUUCUAUGCGGUCGCAAAGCAUGGACUAGACUCUGCCAUAUCGUUCAGUCCGCUUCGAGCAAUGAAAAUAUGUUCAUUACUUGGAAUGUACAAUAUCGUGGUCAAAGCCACAGUCGCUCUAGCUUAUAUUGGUAUGAUUCUACACCUGAACAUUUCCAUCGGAAAUGUCACGACUUACGGUUUUCCAGAACUUGGACUAAGUCUACCUCGUAAUCAGAAGAUUAGUCUUAAAACUUGCCCGCCAGGCUGGUCUCCUAGUUACUACGAAGAUAUUCGCCGCACAUAUAGGACUCUUGUUCACUUACAAUGCUGGCUAAGCGCAUCACUUGACCAUGAUUCAGAUCCGGUGAUUCAGGAUAUCACCUCACCUCAAGACGAAUUGGACGUCCCACCAGAAGACAUGAUCCGUCGUGAAUGCGUCAAAGUGUCCAUCAUCAAGGCAAGCUUGCUCCGUCGCCUACCAACAAAAGCCCCUGUGCUUGAAGGUACCAUACUUGGUUACCGUGUACGAUUGUCGAGAUUUCAUGCGCGUCUUCCAGAUUGGAUGUCAAUUGCUUCCUUGUUAGGGGGCGAAAACACUGAACUCAUGGCCACAUUCCGUCCCGUCAUUUACUACGUCCAUCUGUUCUACCUGUCAGCCAUGAUGCUGCUUUCAAGGCGGCUAAUUAUAGCAUAUAUCCCGCUAGAUGCGGUCGGGAGCGUGACUCUCCCAUCGGAAGCACGACGAGCCAUCGAAGAAGGUUACCAGGCCGCGGAAACGAACGCUUCCGUUAUGGAUCUGAUGUUACAGGAAGGCAAAGUAGUACAAGUAUGCUGGCUGUGCAUUUAUACCUCUUAUACGGCGGGUAUCAUGGUCGCUCACAAAGCUUCGCAAAAUGCACUGCACAAUGAGCCAUUUGCCAAGGGCAUGGUUCUGCUGAGCAAAUGUAUCGGCGUUCUCGGAUACUGUGCGAUCAAGGAUGCACUUGCUGGAAAGUUUCACGACAUCCUUACUAGGCAUAUGAGUAUGCUUCGACACUACGAAUCUACUCUAGCUGGAAGCGGGAAUUUUGCUACUCCUUCGUCUUCUUCAUCGAACAAUAGCCUCUUCAUCAUUCAGCGCGGCUCGUCGAAUCUCCAUAUCGCAGCUCUUGACUUGCUUCGGACCAUACACCACCCGUUCGGUGGUCUAAGAGAUGUCACAGCACAGAACACGCUCUCGAAUCGCGCCGAGACAACCAUGGGGACACAUCUCGAGUGGGAGUACGAGCUUGAAAGUCGAGAUCUUGCGCAGGCACAGCCGAAGGAUAGUCAGCUGGCGGAUGCCGUUGACGCUAAGAUCGAGCCAAUGACUCCUCUUUGUUCGUCAUCGGAGCAGGAUGCCCCUAUGCAGAAGCUAUUGGCUCAACCUCAGGGCGAGGCUUGGACGAAAUGGACCCCCGCAACAUGGCAAAGUUCGUUCCACAUGCCUCAAAAGUAG